AUAAGGGGAAAGGUAAAAUUUGGAGUAAAUAAACAGUGUAAUGGAUUAAGGCCUAUUUUAAUUCCAUUCCAUACUGUACACUUAAUCUCAUGCCUUAUUAUUCCCCAGAAUUCAUUUUCAUUGCUUUGUUGUCAUUAUAGUACCAUGGUAUCAUUGAAUACUGUGGUAUUCUUUGAAUAAUUCGUUUUUGAUGUGGCAACUAUUUGGUUUGGUAAAUGGGAGAUAGGGGCUAGUUGUCACUUUUUUUUUAUUCCAGUGAAGGUUUCUUUUCGUAGGUUUAUUUUGAAAGUCAGUUUGUGCAUAGCCUGUAGUCUUGGCUGCAAAACAGCUAUUAACCAUAAAAUGAAAAACAAACAAACAAACCAACAAAAACAUACGUGAAUGCAUAAAGUGGUAAAAAUGACCCGUAUCGGAAUUAGUUUUUCAAAAGAAAAAAAAAAGAAGUGUGCCAUCAUUUAACAGUUGGUCUCCAUUGACUUCUAUAGUAUGGAAAAAUACUACUGCUGUCAAACAAUUAAUUGCGAUUAAUUAAUUGCGAUUAAAAGUUUUUGUUUACGUAAUGUAUGCAUGUGUACUGUGUUUAUUUAUUCUGUAUAUAUAAAUACACACACAUUCAGUAUAUAUUUUGAAAAUAUUUACAUGAAUAUACAUUUGUAUUUUUAUAUCAUAUAUAAAUAUAUUUAAUAUAUAAACAUUAUAUUUUUCUUAAAUAUAUACACGCAUGUGUUUGUAUUCAUGUAUACAUAAUAAAUACACAGUACACACUCAUAUAUUAUGUAAACAAAAAUCGUUUGACAGCACUAAAAAAUACAUAAAUAAAUUGGGACCAGAAACUGUUUGGUUAGCUUCUUUUGUGUUCAACAGAAGAAAGAAAUUCGUACAGGUUUGGAACAACUUGAGGGUGAUUAAAUCAUGAGAGAUUUUUUAUUCAUUUAAUUAUUUAAGGUUAAUUAUUUAUUUAAUGUACAAAUGAAAAUAAUGGGUGAUACACAAACGUUUUAAUUUACCAAACAUGUUUAUUUGCCCCCUUUCUUUCCUUCGAUUUGACCUGCUUUAUGCAUUCUUGGGGCAGUGAUACGCGUUUUUCCACCAUCGUAUGACCAAGAAAUAUGACACUGAGAACAAGUUUUAGAAGAAUUUGUGGAAUUCAAGGGUUAGCAAAAAGACAGUUCUGGAGUAUAUAUGUGAGCUGUCACAAAAUGGGAACCUGCCUUUAUACUUUAUUUAUUUAUUUAUUUUUUUCAGUUUAUUAUGGGCUGUUCAGCUCAUUUUUAAACAGUAAUAUUAUAAUUAAAAAAUUAUAAAUGAGGUAAAUACAGAAAUAUAAAACCAUUGUAAUCAAGUGUAAUUCAACAUAUAAUACUCAUACUGCAUGACUUCAAUUAAAAUGUGACAGCUUGCCCCAACCUGACUUUUGUGAAGAAUAUUUUGUCGUCUGAACACAGUUUAAUCAUCUAGUUUAAAUAUUAGUUUAAAACAGUUUUGAACUAGAUGUUUAAAAUCACUGCGUAACUGAACAGGUCUUCCCUGUAUCGAGUGCCGUGCUGUUGUUACCAUCAAAAUAGUAUUCUUUUGCACGAGUCGGCUGUCUGCACACAGCUUUUGCGCAGCUUCACUGGGGUGUGUUACAAUGGAUAUUAUUACGUCCAUCUAAUUGGAUUGAGUGCUGGAGGAUUGAAGACUGUAGAGUGAGAGGUUGUCGUGCUGUUGUCUACGUCCAUUCAUACAGACACCAGCAUGAAGGAUCCACAGCUACCAGGUACCAAAACACUAAAUGUCUGGGCGAAGCGACACGGGAAAAAAGGAAAGAAUGAGCCAGCGGCCCAACCUGCCCAGAAGGAAGCAGAAACACGCAAAGCUCCAGCACUGACGCCUGAACAACGAGCGAAGCAGACGGCCUUCGAGAGGGUCCUGUAUGACAUGUCCCACAAUGACCAGGUCAUCAGUGACAUUAUGCUGGGCCGCAGGAUUGCUUUCUAUGAACUCAGAGGAGAAAUCGGGACUGGAAAUUUCUCCCAGGUCAAACUGGGUGUUCACGCUUUGACUAAAGAGCGUGUUGCUGUAAAGAUCCUCAAUAAGGCGCGUCUCAACAAGAAGUCGCAGAAUCUAUUUACCUCAGAGAUCAUCUGCAUGGAAAAACUCUCCCAUCCGAACAUUGUGCGUCUGUACGAGGUGCUUGAGACCAGUAAGCAUUUGUACCUGGCAAUGGAGUACGGCAGCGGAGGAGACCUGUUCUCACGCAUCACCAGCAGGGGGCGCCUGUCAGACCUGGAAAGCAAGCUCAUCUUUGCCCAGAUCAUCUCAGCCAUCAAAUACAUGCAUGAAAUCAACAUCGUCCAUCGCGACCUGAAAGCAGAAAAUAUUUUUUACACCACAUGCUACUGCAUCAAAGUAGGUGACUUCGGUUUCAGUGUUGUCAGUGAGCCGACUGAAACUCUGAGCACGUUUUGCGGCUCCCCGCCGUAUGCGGCCCCUGAGCUGUUCAGAGACAAAAGCUACGUGGGCCGUUAUGUGGACAUCUGGGCGCUGGGCGUCCUACUCUACUUUAUGGUAACCGCCACCAUGCCUUUCUACGCCGACAACUUAGGCCGACUGAAACGUUGCAUCCUGCAGGGGGCGUACAGCAUCCCGCCCUACGUCCCUGAUUCCUGCCAACUGGCCAUCAAAGGCAUGCUGAGACCUGUGCCUGUGGACCGGACCACUGUGUCACAGCUGAUGGUAUGCUCCUGGCUGAGGGGCAUCGAAUACCCCAAACCCUAUCCUGCUUUCAGUGCGACGCCCAAUUACCUGACGGACCCUGCAAAGAGUCUGUGCGUGGAGGAACAGGAAGUGAAGUCGGCCCUGAGCGAGCUGGGCAUCAGUGGCACGCACCUGCAGAAUAACACCUGCACUGACUGUCGCAGCCCAAUAACAGGAAUCUACCGUAUCCUGCUGCACCGCAUCCAGAAAAGGAGAUCCGUGGAAGCGGUAGGAUAUUCCGCCCUGUACCCGGAGGAAUUUGGUACCAAGACAUACUGGGCCAACAACGCAACUGCUAAGCACAAUCCUUCUGCAGUGUGUAACGUCUUAUGAAGACCUCCUUUUAAUGGUUCAUGGUUUGAUGCCAUGCUCUAGGAAGUAAUGAAUUUACAUGUAUGAAAUUGUGCUGUUUUUUGCGAUUAAUUACAAAUUGACCAAAAUUACUAAGAUCAGUCUUUUACAUUUGAUCAUAUUUUUGUAAUAUACCAAAUUAAAAGGUUCCCUUUAUUUGGUGUUUAUCUGCUGCUGAAUCUAGUACUGUAAGUGAUUUAAUGACAGCGCGACAAGUGUAGCCUGAUUCCCAAAACGAGUGACUCUGAUGAGUCGGUUCUUUUUUAGUGAAUCAGAAACAUACAGUGCAUCAAUUGUAGCCCGAUUCCCAAAACAAAUGACUCUUAUGAGUCUGUUGUUUUUAAUUAAUCUAAAUACAGCGCAGCAAAUGUAGCCCGAUUCCCAAAAAGUUCUUACAAGAUGGUUCUUUUGAAUGAAUCAAGAACAUAGUGAAUCGUGUGUUGCCUGAUUCCCAAAACAAAUGACUCUUAUGAGUUAGUUUCUUUUAGUAAAUCAAAAUACAGCACAACAAGUGUAGCCCAAUUCCUGAAAUUAAUCAUACAGUGCGACAUCUUGAUUCCUGAAAUGAAUGGCUCUCAUGAGCGGAAUCUUUUUUUUUUUUUUAAGGAAUAGCUCUGGACUGGCCUGAAUCAUUAUAAUAGAAAAAAAUACUCAAAUUAAUCAGAAUAAAUCAGUUGCAUUGCAUUUUUUUUUAUUCUAUUCUACAAAAUCUGCAGGGUUCAGUGGGGACCAAAGGUCUGAGACCACUUGCUUAAAUUUGAAAUACUUCUUGUUUAUUUUGCAUGUCGCUUUGUUCAACAACAAUAAACUCUUUUCACAAAGGUCUCAGACUUUUAGACCUCAUUGAAAUAUGUUGAUACAGCUGCUUUUCAUUCAACAGCCUAUAUACAAAUAAAAACAUUUUAUAUAAGCAGCACACAUUUUAUUUUGCAGUCGAUCCGUAAGUGGUCAUUUACUGUUGCCAAGUUGAAUACGGAGAUGUGGCCAAUACUUAACGGUUAGGAAAACAUUUGAUACAUUGUUGUAUCACUGAAUGCUUGAAUGUUUGAGAUGUUGUUUGUUUCGGAGCCACAGCUGAUGGUUGAGUGUAGUAAAUAUUUGCUAUGAACUGGUUACUGGCUGUUCUGGGCUUGUGUAACAAAGUUCACAUGUAUUUUUACAAAAGCCUGACAGAUUUGAUGCUUAUUUUUUGGACUCCACCGUCAGCUGAUCUCAGGCAGUGUUUUCAUUGAAUGUAUGCACUGUAUGUAAAGGAUUAAACGCUAAUCAGCUGUUAAAUUAGCGUGGUGCUUUAUAAAAAGCUUGUGGUAUCAGCGAUUACUUCGUAUUCUAUAGAAUUAAUCAUCUUUAUUUUCCCUGAUAAGGGAAACAAGCCAUGGCACAUUCAUAUCAGGAAUGGAGGAGAUCUGCCAAGAUGCUGUUUUUACAGGCAUAAUAGUGUUUUGUAGAUACACACAUAUGCCUUCGACUUUCUAAAUCAUAUUUAGAGAUACAUUUCAUGUUACUAAACCUUAUAUUACUCAAUGACAUGACAUAGAUGUGAAAUUGUUACUAUACCAUUGCGUCAUUUGCAGCAUGAUGUUUAAUUAUCAAUUUACAGUCAAGCAUUGCAUGUGAUUUAUUGUUACAUGAUUGCAUGUUAAUAUUAACAGCUUUUUGUUUGAGACAAAUGUAUUGUACAUUGCUAAUAUGAUAUGUAACAUUUCAUAUAAUGUUAUGUCAUAAAUUUCAGAUGCCACUUGAAAAUACAUUGUAUUAUAUUUUUGUAUAUUGAAUAUGGAUAUAUAUGAGAAUAAUAUGAGAAAAUGUCAUAGAAAAAAAAAACUUAAGGAGCUUUAUGCAAUACAUGUAUUGUUUCAUUUUAUUUUGGCAUGAA